ACAAACGCUGCCGUGACGCAAAAUACGUCACUGCGUAUAAAAGCUAAGUCCCUCCUGUUCAGGCUCAUUGCUGGAUUUAGUCAAAGGUUUCAAUUCGUUUUCCUGAAGACUCUGCCGUCGAGGACUUCGACCAACUGCUCAAAUUGCUAUUUUUUCUUCAAGUAAUGGACAUCUGAUUACCAUUUUUGCCUCCAGUUUGUUCUUGAAGGAAAAGGCUAGCUUUUAGCUACCAAAGCCCCACCCAUUAGAAAUUUUGAACCAGGGGCUGCUCCACGGAACCGAAUCGCACCGCAAUCUACACAUAAAGAUUGCAUUAGGCCGAGGAUCGAUGGACGUUUGACGAAGCACAGUGAGGGCAUUGACGAUGACGAUAAUGGCACAAUGGGGCUUCCACAAGCCCCGCGCCACGCACUGGGCAAUCUGUGGAUAAAGAUUGCGGGAUGACCGAAGCCGAGUGGUCUUGCUCGAAACACAAACACUCGGACUUGUCAAAUUAGCGGGCAAUUGGCUGACUCGCCGACUGGUGGCUUUUUCUUCGGAACAUUUUGGGAGUUGUCUGUGUAUCGGCAGCCGCGUAACGAUGCUUUUCAGCUUACCGGCUCGCUACUGCUCGCGCUUUGUUCCAAACGUCAUGUUUCAUCCAGCGAGCCGAGCUACCGCAGCGUCGGAGGGGUUAACACGAGGAGGGCUCUCAUUGGCGGGCCGCCUUACUGCCCCGCCCCCUCGGCCCUUUCAAUUGCAGUCAGCCUUUCUUCUGUCUUUACGUAACCGAGGGAAAAUCCGGCGCGAUAGUACGCACCCCCCACCUAAAAAAAAAAAAAAAAAAAAAACAACCCGAGAUAGCAAACCUUAAUGAUCUGUUAGUGGCUAAUGUCGAUGUCAUUGUUUCUGCUAUUAUGUACCAGUGACACACCAAAUGAUUUGUUUCCCAUUCUUUCCCAGUCGGACAAUGCGGCGGGGGUCUUGUUUGAGACUGACCUUUUGUGUACAUGUGUAACAGUUGUGCCACUUACAGGCUUUGAAUUAUUUGCAGUGUUGUGGAGUUCUGAGACUAUAUAAAGCUUCUACUCCAACAUUUAAACGGACAUGGAGGGGGUGCCGGUGGACCCCAAAGAGAUUUUGAAGGGGGUGGAGGCUCUAUUAGGGAAGGAUGGGGGACUCUGCAGCUUGGAGGGAGUCCCAAAGAUGUUCAGCCUAAUGAAAGCCUCUGCCAAGAUGGUCAGUCGCUGCAUGUACUUGAACAUCCUCCUUCAGACAAAAUCGCACGAUGUGCUCAACAGGUUCAUUCGAGUCGGUGGCUACCGGCUGCUGAACUCGUGGCUCACCUACUCCAAAAGCACCAACAAUUCACCUCUGCUGCAGCUUAUUCUGCUCACUCUGCAGAAAUUGCCCCUCAAAGUGGACCAUCUCAAACAGAACAACACAGCCAAGUUGGUGAAGCAACUGUGUAAAGGCGCAGAGACGGAAGAAUUGAGGAAGUUGGCGUCUGUGCUUGUCGAUGGCUGGAUGGCAACCAUUCGCUCCCAGAGUGUAUCGAGCAACGCCAGCAGCCCGGCCGAGAAGAAGAAGAAGAAGAAAGAAGAUGGCAAGGUCCCGCUCAGAGAGGUGAAGGACAAGAGUGGAGAGGAGGAGAAGAAAAAAGACAAGGCGAAAGCUCAUGCACCCAGUCAUGCGAAAAUCCGUUCCAUAGGUCUGGAGAUGGACGCUCCGAGCCCUGCCCCCGCCAAGAAGAGCCCGACGGCUCCCCAGCUGGGUGACAAGUACAACAUCAAGCCGCCCGUCCUCAAACGGCUCAGUUCUGGUCCCUUUGAUAAUCCUCCAUUGGAGAAGAAAUACAAACCUCUAAACACGCCAUCCAACUCGACCAAAGAGAUUAAGGUCAAGAUCAUUCCAGCACAGCCCAUGGAGUGCACGGGCUUCCUCGACGCGCUCAACUCGGCUCCGGUGCCUGGUAUCAAGAUCAAGAAGAAGAAGGCUGCGGGCAGUUCACCUUCUCAUGCCAAGGCCGUGUCCCCGACCUCCAGCAAGACAAAUCCGUUUGACGGCAAACCAUCGACGUAUUCUUCAUCCUCUGCCAAACCGACCUCCCCGGAGACUCUUUCUUCCAAUCCCCUUGAUGAGAAUCAGGAGUCGGAUCGGCCGGGAACCCCCGUGCCAUCGGAAGACCCGGACUCCGCGGACGCCGGAGACAAGCCGAAUGCGCUGUCCGAACCUCGUGGGGAGGAAGACCUGACCAAGAAGGGCAAGAAAAAGAAGACUGUUCACUGGGCCCAGGAAGAUCAUCUCAAGCACUACUUUUAUUUUGACCUUGACGAAACGGAGAGAGUCAACGUCAACAAAGUCAAGGACUUUGGCGAGGCGGCCAAACGGGAGUUGAUGAUGGACCGGCAGACGUUUGAGAUGGCCCGGCGGCUGUCUCACGACACGAUGGAGGAGAGGGUCCCCUGGACGCCCCCCAGGCCCCUGACGUUGCCUGGCGGUCUCGUCGUUGCCGGCUCAGGCAGCACGGAGAAGCUGACGCAGCGAGACCGGGAGAUGGGCAUCUUACAGGAGAUCUUCCUCAGUAAAGAGAGUGUGCCCGACAGUCCCCAUGAACCGGACCCGGAGCCGUAUGAACCCAUGCCCCCACGGCUGAUUCCGCUGGAUGAGGACUCCUCCAUACCGGACGAUCACUACGCCGAGCCCAUGGACACCUCUCAGCAGGUUGCCACCGUGGCCCAAAACGAGGGCUCCAAGCUGCCGCCUGUCCUGGCCAACCUGAUGGGCAACCUGAACAACAAUUCGCGGAGCCCCCAGACAAACGCCGUCAACAAUCCCGUCACGCCGGCCGUCAACGUGCAGGAGCUGCUCUCGUCUAUCAUGGGGGCUUCCAGCAACCAGUGCACCGAAGACCUCAUCAAGCAGCCUGACUUCUCGGAUAAAAUCAAGCAACUUCUUGGGUCCCUGCAACAGACGCAGAACCACAACCAGGCGCCGACACCAGCCAACCCGAGUCUGCUGGGCCACGCUCCCAUCAACAACAUGAGCAACAACGUCCACAUGCAGAUGCCCAUGAACAGCGGCUUCCCGCCCAGCCUGCCCCCGGGCGGCCCCCGCUUCAACCACCCGCCGCCACCCCCGCACAAUCACAAUCACGGGCCGCCUUUCAACACUGGCGGCGGCCCGCGCAUGAUGGGGCCGCCGCCGCCGCCGCCGGGACAGGGCCGCGGUGAUAACGGCAACUACUGGGGAGAUGACACCAUGAGAGGGGGGCCCCACCGCGGGGGCCAUUUCCACCGGGGAGGGAGGGGCCGAGGAGGAGAGCCGGGCUUCCGGGGCCGAGGACGAGCGGGUCCGAGAGGAGGACACAACAUGAAUGACAUGUCCAUGCGGCCCGUUUGUCGCCACUUCAUGAUGAAGGGAAACUGCAGGUACGAGAGCAACUGCGCUUUUUACCACCCCGGUGUAAACGGACCUCCUUUCCCCCCAAACAACCAGCAUGGGCACUAGGCGGCGCCCUCCUCACGCGAGUCAUCAACUUGACACUCAACAGAGGCUCUUGCCGACAGUUGGACUGAAACGCUGCUGGCUUUUGCCACGACGUCUGCCCGGCGCUGUGUACGGACACAGCAGCCCUCUUCACUUUCUCAACUCAACUGUAUUUAUAGAGCCGUUCUGACCGCCGGUUGACGCGGACCGCCCGAGUCUUUAAAAGGACACGGUGAAUGGAGAUUGAUUACGAUUGAGCUUGAACAACUCGAAGAAGCAAGGGAUUCUUUUUUCUUUUGUUUUUUUUGCCCUCCCUCCUCCGCGCUGACAGCAGACGGUAAGCGAUUGUGCUCAAGCUUAUGAAGACCCAGUGUGUGUGCUCCCUUCAAGUUUGUCUCUGUGGCUGGCCAGCUUUUUUUUUUUUCGGGGGGGUGGUGAUGAUGAUGAUGAGUCUGCCGGUUCCAGCCAAUGAACUCUGAACUCCGUCUUAACCUUCCGAGAACGUCAGUAUUAUGAUGAAGCAUUCUGCGGGUCAGUUAUAUGGUGUGUUUUCUGUGAAAACAGUGACCUUAAUGUCUCUCUUGUGGGACCGUUUUGUUUUUUUUCCUCGUCCAUGUUUUAUUUUGAUCCAAUGUUGAUAAACAGGUGCCCUUUUUUUACAACUGCUGCUUUGAAUGUUUGUACUGUAGGGCUGUGUACAAUACAUGUUCAUGCCGUCAUAUUUUUCAGUUGGAUUAUUUUGUACACUAUUAAAUGAAUGUCAAAAUAUAA